GGAAAAAUGAGCCUUAUUGAUUUCCGAUAUUUGCCUCGGCGGAAAGUGGACGCACGCGGGUCCCGCGGGUCCAAGGCAAACCCGCGGGUCUGAGAAGAAAACGGUUGUUUUUUUGUGAUUUAAAAGCUGAAUUUUGGUUGUUUAUAGAGUGUAAAUUUAAUUUAAUUGGCGGGGCAGCUGCCGGGCGGGCGGUGCCACCAUGGCUGUCUACCCGUGCCAGGUCAGCGAGGACCUGGUGGACCUGUCGCGCGCCGACGGCCUCUACCUGCGGCCGACGGCGUGCAUCAACAUCUCGGUGCAGUUGCCGCAGCUCAGCUCGCCCAGCCAGUCCAUCUCCAGCGGCACCGUCAAGGACAAGCUGCUGGCGCUCAUCACGCAGGGCUCGCUUGUCUCGCUCAAAGUGACCAAGUCGUCACUGGAGUUUAUCCGGUUCGAGGGCGAGGUGGAGAGCCGCCGGCUGCUCAAGUCACUGCUCGGCCAGCUCGACAACCGCACCAUCAAGCUGCCAGGCUUCACGGACCUGCUGCGGGUACGCGCCGCCGAGGCGCGCAUCCCCUUCCCCACGCGACACGAGUGGGACUCGUUCUUCCGCGACGACCCGACCAUGAACGAGAUGCGGCCGGGCGAGCGGCCCGACACGCUGCACCUGCAGCAGCUGCCCGUGCGCUGGUUCGCCAACAGCGCCACCGGCCGCGUCGACGAGGCGCUGGUGCGCCGCGUGUUCGCCCAGUGGGGCGACAUCCGCUGUAUCGACGUGCCGGCGCUGGACCGGCUGCGGCGCAAAAUGCGCGCCUCUAUCUCGGGCGUGCGCGGCACGUUCGACUUCAGCAACGACGUGGCGUUCGAGGCGUUCGUCCAGUACAAGGAGUACAUGGGCUUCGUGAAGGCCAUGACCUCGCUGAAGGCAAUGCGUCUGGUGUACCGCGAGGGUGACCGCUGCUGGGCGGCGCCAAUCCGUGUCGACUUUGAUCGCUCGCGCCACCUGAGCGAGCGCAACAUCAAGCUGCGGCGCGCCGAGCGCGAGCGCCUGCUGCUGGAGGACAAGGAGCUGGACGAGAGGAGCCGACGCGAGCGGCAGCUGGACGAGCUCAAGGACGCCUCGGCUUUGCGUAAAAUUGAAGACGAGGAGCGUGAGAAGAAAAUGCGCGAGAAGCGAAAGCGUAAGCUGGAGGCGGAGCGGCGCCGCAAGAAGGAGGAGCGGCGCCGCUCCAAGGAGCUGCGGCGCCAGCGCCAGGAGGAGGAGGCCAUGCAGCUCAAGAUCGAGCUCGAGGAGCGCAAGCUGCUGAUCGCCCAGCGCAAGCUGGAGAGUAUCCGCCUGCUGGACACCCUGUUUGACCGGGUCAAGACGGAGCGGCUGAGAGCCGAGGCCCGCCGCAAGGAGGCCGAGGUGCAGAACAUCAUCGCCAAACACCGCAACGGCGCCUCGGAGAAGCUGCGACUGGCGAAAGAAAAGGAAGAGAAGGAUAAACUGCAACAGAAAGAGAUGAAGCUGCGAGACAAGCUAGUCACGACAUACAAGGUUUUCGAGGAGAAACGGAUGGAGGAGCAGAGAGAAAAACUCAGGAAGGCAAUCGAAGGCAAAAAGAAGCUGCGCAGCGUGCUGGCGCGCGCGCGCCGCUCGUCCACCAGCAGCUCGAGCUCGUCGCUGUCGUCCGUCUCGCGGUCACCGUCCCGCUCGCGGCUGCGCUCCGAGUCCAGGUCGACCAUCUCGUCCCGGUCUCUGUCGCGCUCCCGCUCCCGCUCUCGCUCCCGCUCACGGUCCCGGUCCGGCUCCCGGUCCCGGUCGGGCAGCGGCGGCAGGCGCUAUGGUCGGAUGCGGAUGGACAACAGUCCGUCCCGCGACUACUGGUCCGACGAGGACGGGCCGCCGGCCGAUCCGCGCGUGGCCGCCUUCCGCGCGCGCGGCCGCGCCCCGUUCCGCGGCCGACCGGGCAUGCGCGGCCGCGGCUUCGCGCCCUUCCUGUACGACGCCGACGGGAACGAGUGGCGGGGCCGUGGCGGCCGCGGCAUGCGGCGCCCCUGGGGCCGCGGCGCCCUGCCGCCCCUGCGCGUCAACCCCGACGACGAGCGAUUCCACUACAAACGGCAGAAGGGCCGCCAGCGCUCGCACUCGUCUGGCUCGAGCAGCCACGGCGAGGCGGAGAUCCGGGUGCGCGAGGACACCAGCGACUCGGGCGGCGAGAAGACGCGUCCGGAGUCGGCCGACGGGGACGCGCCGCGGCGCGUCUUCAGCCGCGUCUGGUCCAAGGUGGACGGCUGGGUGGACAGGGAGUGGGUGGAGCGCGGACGCGGCACCCCGCGGCCGUUCGUGGCGCGCGGCGGCCGCGGCGGCCGGCCGUUCCGACCGUUCCGCGGUGGCUUCCGAGGCCGAUGGCAGCCGCGCGGCCGUGGGCGCGGUCGCGGCCGCUCGUGGUCCCGCUCCCGCUCGCGGUCGCGUUCUCGCUCCCGCUCUCGUUCCCGCUCGCGUUCUCGCUCCUACUCACGUUCUCCGCCGCGACACGAGGGCUACUACGAGGCCUACGAGCGCUACUUCAUGCGGCUGGCGGAGCGCGACCGGCGCGCCGCCUCGUCGCGCUCGUCGUCGCCGUCGACGGGCGACAGCGACAGCUCGCGCCGGCGCCGCGCCCGGCGGAAGAAGGAGCGCCGCCGCUCGCCGAGCUCCAGCAGCUCGUCGAGCACCAGCUGAGCCGGCGGACGGCGGAUGGCGCGCGGUGGGCGUACUGAACGGGAUACGAGCCGUGCUGUGUGCGGGCAGAGCACGCGGCGCGCGGCGCUCGACGGUAGCUGUGAGGGAUCCUGCCCGGUCGCUGGCUGUGCCUGUCGCCAGCGACUUCUGCCGGAGUUGUGCGUGAGAUUGGUCACUUUGGUAUGAGUGUGUCGCUGCCAUUACACGAUGCGAGCAUGUAGUAGUCGCCAAGAUGAAUGCAUCGGGAAUCGUAUUGUACUGCUUUUCAUGUCGUUACUUCCAUCUGAUGUACUGCCCGUUCUGGUCCGGCAUGUUGCAUUUUGACACCCCUGUAUAGUCUCCGCGGUAGGGAAUAAAGGUUUGUGUCGCAA